GGUAAAACUACGGUAUUUAUACAAGGUAUAAACUGAAAUUGGGAAAUCUUUUAAAGGCAGAAGUUAUUCGUCAUGGAAAUUGCCCAUUUCAAGCACAAAUUAGAUGCGGAAAGUAUCGAAGAAAGCAUCAAGCCCAUUCUAAGGCAGUUGAGACCAGAUUGGAACAUCAACGAAGUAAAAUUCAAACAGUUCAAUGAUGGAAUCAGUAACAUGCUCGUGGGCUGCAAUAUGCCGAGUCUUGCUCCCGGCGAGAUGAUCCUUUUCCGAUUGUUCGGGAAUAAAACCGAGCUUUUUAUAGAUCGGGAAAAAGAGCUGGAAACCUUUCAGAUUUUGCACUCUAAGGGCUACGGACCCCCUGUCUACGGGACUUUGGAGAAUGGUCUGUCGUACGGAUUUUUGGAGGGGGAUGUUCUCGACACCGAUAUGAUUGCGGACCCGCAUAUAUCUUCACUAUGUGCUCGUCACGCGGCUCAGUUACACGCAAUCAAAAUUGAUCACGAGAAUUCCAAACAUAGAGCAGAACCAAUGCUUUUCAAUGGAAUGAUGAAAUACUUGAAUCUUCUUCCCGAAAAGUUUGAAGACCCGGAGAAAAACGAAAGGUAAGGGGAAGAGAGGGAAGAGGGUCCUGUGUGGGGGUAGUACAGGAGAAAGUUUUCUCCCUGUCUCUCUCUCUCUGUCUGUCUCUCUCUCCACCACCUGAUAACCGCGAAAAUCAAAUCAUCUCGUAUUUUAAGUGAAUUCUUACAAGCUAUAGAAAUAUUCAAUUCCAAAGUGAAAGAUUAUUAAACAGGGUAAUUAGAUGAUAUUUGAUUGUCCCCCAAUGAUUUAACAAUCAGUUUUUGAAAAAACCAUUCCUCCUCUUGUGCUGAUCAGGGUUCCAAAAAAACAUUGUUCCUCCUUCUGUGCUGAUCAGGGUUCCAAACAAAAUAUUGUUCCUCUUGCUGUGGUGAUCAGGGUUCUAAAAAAGCAUCAUUCCUUCUUGUGUCUACCAUAGUUCCAAAAACACAUCGUUCCUCCUCUUGUGCUGAUCAAGGUUUCAAAACACCUGACGUCCAAAUGCCUCACUUUAGUCUUCAUUGGAUAAUCUAAUGUUCAAACCCAGUCAAAAUUCAUCAUCAACAUAAGGAGAUAAAAUUUGCAUCCACACAUGGUCAUGCAAUAUCUCUUUUAUUUCCUUUGUUAUUCAUAUUUCAAUACGUUUCUCUGUAAAGGUUUGAACAGCAAGCUCCCAGCAAAGCUAAGUUAAAGGAGGAGAUUGAAAGCCUCAAGAGUGUUUUACUAAAACACAAAUGUCCUGUGGUGUUCUGUCAUAAUGACAUGCUCUGUAAAAAUUUACUUUACAAUAAAGAUAAAGGUGGGUCAGUAUUAAACUGUUGGAUUUUUUACGGUUUAUAAAUUAACACUGUCUUGAUUGUACUUAUUUUCAUUAAGGCUCUUUGUCAGAAGGAAAAGUGCAAAUUAGAUAUGCUUGGUAACCAUGCAUGCUUAAAAUGGUUAGAAAGAACACAAUUUUCAAGGAACAUAAGAAUAUUCAAGGUUACAUACCUGUAGCUUCAUCUAAACUAGAGAGGGGCUGAGAGCAUUUUUGGACAGUUACGUAAACUCAAGAUACAGCAGAGGGUUUGUAUAAUUUUGGAGAAUUCUCCCAACUCCCUAAGUGUUAAGACGAGGCUAUGACAAAAGAUCUCUUUUACUUUUACAAAGUAUUGCAAAAAAAUAAAUGUAAUGGAAGUACAGGGUUGAAGUGAAGAAGUUAGGCAGCUGGCUGAAAUUUCAAGUGAGGUGGCAAAGGUAGCAUUUUCAAUUUUGAACAGUUUUGUAUUACCUCAGAAGUGAUCGUUCUACUUUAUCAAGUGAUCGCCAACCAAAAUCCAUUUUUGACUUGGAUUUUAUAUUUAUUUAUAUGUAAUUUAAUUUUACUUAUUGCAGAUAUUAUUCUUAGUAUUGAUUAUGAGUAUGCCAGCAUGAACUUCUUGCCUUUCGACAUAGGAAAUCACUUCUGUGAAUAUGCAGGUAUGUUACAUGUGACCUCCACAACAGGGUAUUUCAAAACAUGCCAGUGACCACCAGAAUUCCUCUGGCCACUUGAUGGUGUGUUGCUGGUUACUCUGGUCAAAAUAAUCACCUUUUGGCCCUCAAUGAACUUCUCACAGCCACCUACUUUUGCCAAGUCUGACACCUACUUCUGCAAUCCAAACAUUUUGAAACCCCUGUGUAACCAGUAUUUAACCAUAGGGAUCUGAUGUAUAAUUCCCCUUUGUAACUGCUAUGCAUUUCCCUGUAAAGUAGUUGUUUUCCAAUUUGUUUUUGACAAAUCUUCACCAUACAAAAUAUUUUUAUUAAUUCAGUGGCAAUGUAUUUCUCCAGUGAAGGACCCUUCGCUCAUAGUGGCUAAUUUCUCCUUACAAAAUAAAGCCCUUGCUUGUUAAACAAAUUCUCCUUCUUAGAAGCUUAGGAAAUGUAUAAAGAACAGUAAGGAGAACAUGCAUACUGAUGUUGGUGUAAAGGGUUAAUGAAAACUCUGACAUUGUAAUUUUUUUAAUCUUCACAAGGAGUGGAUGAGGUUGAUUACAAUUUAUAUCCCAAAAGAGAACAUCAGUUAAAAUGGAUUGCUGUUUAUCUUGAAGAAGCUGCAAGAUUAAGAGGUAUGAAUAACUUGUAGCAAACUCAGUGUAGAUGUUCUUAAGAAUUUAAUUUAUUUAUCUUUUCCACAUUUUUUUAAUGCCAAAUUUUUAAAUAAUUCUUUGGAUGUUAGUUCAAGAUGCAAGAUGUGUUUAGUGUAGGUAUGAUAAAUUAUACCUUUCUUGUUACUGGUCACAAUUAAUGCGCACACAUUCUGUAGGUAUUAAUUAUUCCAUAUUUAAAAAUAUUAUCAUUUUAUUCAAUGUGUUUUGUUGCCCUGGCAGCCAAGCUUUAUUAUCAUAAUGCCAAUUCUUAGGAUUAAUAUUUGUGAACUGUUUGCAAUAUUCACAUAUAAUUUGGGUGUUAUGUUCCACAUCUUGCCUUUCUUAAAUUAGUAUUAUUAAUAUCACUUGGGGUGUUAAAAUUAUAUUUUCUCCCAAGUUAAAUCAGCUGGAUCAGUUUGGAACAGUAACAGCACUUUUAAAUGCACUUCACCAUAUCACUGUUUGUCUAAGUAUUGCCGACGAUAAUCUUAUGAAAAAGUAACAAUUAAGAAUUAUAGAAAGUGUUGGGGUUCUUUUAUAUACUCAACAAUUUUCCUCUUUUUGUUUCAAAUUAGGUGAGACAAAUCCUAAAAUUUCUGAUGCAGAAAUAGAAAAGCUGUAUGUGCAAGCCAAUCACUUUGCUCUGGUAGGUUAAAUUACUGUAGUCAAAUGACUUGCGUGUCUCUUUUGUGAGUUACAGGGGCAAGUUUCUAAGUAAAAGAAACUGUGGUGCUGCAUCAGAGGGGGUAACACAAGGCAACUAUCACCUUUAGAAAUCCUUUAACUGUGUCCAAUACACGUAAUCAGCUAAGUUGAUACAGCCAAAUUAUAUUUUGUGGUAAAGGGGGUAAGUUUCUAAAGAAACUGUGGCGCUGCGUGGGUGGGAGAGUAUAGCAAGGUAAUUUGGUGUUAACAACUGAGCUGAAAAUGUACAUUAGCCACUAUAAAGUGUUUGAAGGCUAAUGUUUCGAGCAUUAGCCCUUUGUCAGAGUGAUUGGAAGACUUGUGGGUUUUAUGUGGGUUUAUAUGCAGAAAAUGGAGCUAUGUUAUUGGUGGAAAAACAAUGACAAGAAUAAAUAAGAUGAAUGAAAAGUGCUCAUUAUUGAUAAUGUGAGGAAAAUUAAAUUUUGUGGUAAGUUUCCAACACAUCAUUGCAAGGUUUUUGAAUGGAUUAACACUUGAUUUCUGUUUGAGAAAGUCUUUUUUAGAGUGGAAAUUAUUAUUAAAUGAAAUAUUUAAUAAAAGUGCACUUAAAAUAUAUUAAAGUUCACAUGACAACCAGGUGGACAAUCAGACAUGGUUUGAUGCUACUCUGGUUUACUUAUUUAAUGAAUGUAAUUGAAGAAUUUACAAUUCAUAGACCCUAUCCUUAUUAGGAUACACAUGAGAGCUUAGUUGUUUUUUUGAUCAAUGUUCUAGCAGUAUUUCCUCACCUUCUCUUCUUGGUUGCUUUGCAGGCAGCUCAUUUCUAUUGGUCAUUGUGGGCCUUGGUGCAAGCACACUUCUCAGCUAUUGACUUUGAUUUCUUAGGGUAAGUUACAUUUUAGAAAAUUAGGAGUAAAAGACUCAGCAAUUGAAACAAAAAAAUUUUCACUUGACGACUUAAGUCAUUAAAACAAAUAGAACUAAUUAGGCUGCUAAGUAUUCAUCAUCUCUGGCCCUGGAAUCAAGCAAGGGGCCAGAAGACUUGUGUUACCCAUACAAUUUGCAUUUAUCUACUUAGCCUUAGUUUCCUUCAAGUAACAUGAAAACUUUACUUGGCUCAUGCUGGAAUGAGUACAAUGUCUUGACUUUCACUGAUUUGCCUUGUGUUGCCAUCUUUUUGCACAUUAACCCCUUUCUUUUGUUUUGUGUAGGUAUGGAAUAACUCGUUUUAAUGAGUAUUUCAGAAGAAAAGAGGAGUUCUUAGCAUUGUCUUAUGAUUAGUGACCAAGAUGAAGAGAUUUCUUUAGAUAAAGUAGCAAUAUUGUUAGUAAAUUAGUUUAAUUGUAGGAAGCACAACUUUUAAGGCUGUGUUGUAUUAGUGGUCAAUCCUUGGCUGUAAGAAAAAUCCUUGUAAUAAGCAUGAAUUUAUCAUAAAUGGUUUAGUACUAUCUUACAAUCUGAGCAACAUUUGAUCAAAGAUUCUGAUUCUUAUCAUCUCAAGGGAAUAAGACAUACAUAUUUAUAAGUAAUAUGCUACAAAAUAAAAGUGGAUAUUUUUUUAUUAUCAGGUAACAUCUGCACCAAACCAGGAUAACUAAUAAUUAUAGGCAUUUCCUGAGUAACAACUGUGUUAAGUUGAUACCAAGCAGUUUUAUUUUCAUGUGCUGGUCACAACAUAAAAUCAUUAUCAAACGUUUUUGUUGUUAAUAAAUUAGGGGUAUGAUUAUAGUAGUACUUUGUCAGGAAGAGGAAGAAGUGGAUCAAAUCUAAGAUAAAACUUGUCCGUGAAAGCUUAGAUCUGUGGUACUAAUACAGUCUGAAUAAAAAAAAUUAUAAACUCAAACAAUUGGCUUUUGCUUCCUAGUACUAUUAAGUUGUUGAUAAAUGUUGAUAAAGUAGAAAGGAAAAAAAAUUAAUAGAAAGAAACAAGACAUGGCCUAUCUUCUUUGUAAUGAGCCAGUGAUAACCCCCAAAAUUGUGUUCAUGAAAUAUGUACUUACUGGGCAUAAAACCCAGACAUGUUUUUUUCUUUCAAUCCCACACGAUGUGCUGCACCACUGACUACUCCACUUGUCUUAGAAGUAAGCAAUAUAGCUAACAAUCAUUUUUAUUGGGGUUUGUGUUAUAUCUUAAGG